GUGGAAGCUUUGGGGAACUAACAUUUUUCCUGCGAAUGUGGGCUACCUUACAGAAUUCAUAAGUUCAUUCCGCGGAAACAUCGUGCCACGACAAAAUCCUGCUGAGGAUGAUAAUGAGAAAAUGUGCAUUAAGUGUUCAGUACGCCCUGCUACGACAUUAUAGCGGUCAUGGCUCAUGCGGACUUCGUCUGAUCUGUGUACCAUGAAUCCACUAAGUAUUCUCCCAAUUGUAUAAUACCACGUUGUUGAUACUGAGAUGAUGAUGAGGCGGAGGACGACAGCAAUGGCGAUGACAUAGAAGACGACGGUGAUUGAAUUUAUUCGUAGUUUGUCAGACACGUAGGCCUAUUACUCCCUUAAGUUACGAAAUAAAAUCGCGGAGGAAAUAAUUCGCAAUAGAAUAGACGAUCUUAAUACCAAGUUUUUAUCAACAAUUAGUUUGCUAUUCUUUAAAAAAAACCCACUGAUGAAUGAAAUCUCAAGCACACAACCUAUCAUUAGAUAGUUAGAUGUUCCAAGAGUGAAGGGUUAAAAUCAGCAUUCCAUGUUUAUACCUUAGAUGGACCAAAAACCUGGGUUAAUCAUAUUCCAUAAACCAACGACGCAAAUUAAUUUUCUGAUAUGAUUUUUGUAUUGCAUGCAAUUAGCAAUCAAUUGUUAGAAAUUAAUCUGAUGUGUGGCUCAAUUGCUGCCGCAGUUUCAUAAUUCGUUGAUGAUGAAAACAAAUUUAGGUCGACAGUUGACCUCCAAUAUUGUUUAUAUGUUCAAAUCUGCUGACCUCAGUAAACAAGACGUGAUUCUGCGUUGUAACACGAACCAGUGAGGCCUACGACUUUAAAAUAAGUAUAAUCACGAUUAACUAUUUAACUAUGUAUAUCAAGUUUUGUUCCUCAGCCUUAUACGUUUCUGUUGGCUAUAUUAGCCUCCACCUGUUUGAUAUUAGUAUUAGUAUGAGAUUAAACCCGCAACCUGCUACUGGUCAGACAGACUAGUGCUUAGUUCUAAUUCUGAAUCUAGGUGGUUUUUUAAACUGCAACAUAAUUAUUGUGCCGACGCUAUUUUGCCGGUUUGGGCGCGUGUGUUUCACAUCGGUCUAUUACACGUAUACAUGUACAUGUAAGAUAGGAUUUUUGCGCCCCUCAACCGGCUCUGUAAAUAGCGUCGUCGCGGUAUACAUGUAUGUAUCUGCUCAACUCUGGACCACAAUGGUGAAAAAACAACUAGCAAUAUCGCGCAAGGGAGACUAUGACAAUUUCCAAAAUCAACAUCAAGGCCGUACCAAUGAUUCUGUCACAAUAAUUAUCAAAAAUAAAUCAGAGUAUUUGUUGGCAGAGUCAGUUACACAGUAAUUGUUGACCUAUUUAUUGAUACACUGGACAAAUUUGUUGUUGGGGACUUUGGCCCGUUAAAGAAAUCAAACCAUUUUAAAUUAGAAAAUGCUUUAGCUCGUCUGAAUUAUUCUUUAAGGUUUCAUGAUAGACCGGGGUAAGUGUAGUCGGAUAACAAUCUCUUGUUGAUAUCAGACUAUUAACACCAAAUUAAACUCUUAGUCUUUGUCCUGAUCAAUUGCGUUUGAAAUGAUCGAAACAUUUACCCUAUUUCGUCGGUAGGAAAAGCUGAAACCAUGUGUGUACAAUGUAUAUCAGCCUCAAGUAGUCCUCGUAUUGAUCAAAUGUGGCACUGACCUUUACAAAGAUAGAAGGGAAACAUGAACAGGGGCAGGGGCAUCCUGGAAUAACCGGUGGGUUUCAAUAUACUUUAAAACUUUUUUGUAAUGAGGAAGGAGUGAAAAAAGCCUGAAUCCCAGGAUGGGUCAGGGGAGUCGUCAUCCUAUGGUAGUACUCGUGUCCCCUUUCCUUCUUGAACUAUUGGUCCGACUGCUACUAUAAUUUUAACAUCAGGUAAUGAGUUAUGCCAGUGGAAGUAUGUUUAUCAUUGUGAACCACUUAAUAUUCAGAACAUAUUUACAGAAACAUUUCAUCAAUGUAUGUUUUUAACUAAUACUUGUAAAAAAUAAGACUAUUAAUUGUUUCUACAUUGUUUUACUUGAUUACAAACAGUUUUAUUUUAGCACUGAGUUAUGGCUGCACUAAUUUAUAUGCAAUACUUCUUACUAGUAGUCUCAUUAAUAAACAAUGCUGCAGUGAAAUUCCUCUGGCCUAAUUAUUUCCCGCUGGUGGAUAGAUACGUGUACGCAUGCAGCAGAGUAAUUCAGGACACGGGGAAUGACGCUUGUGGAUGCGUAACAGAAUGCAUCCGCUACAUUUAAUACGGUGUAGACCUUGUCGCUGAUCAACUUCAUAUGGGUAUUUGAUGAACGGAUUGUGUAAGGAGAAUCUCAGAAGCUCAGUGUAUAUCGAGCCACGAUGGGUACAUCCAAAGGACUAGCGUUUCUGUUACUAGCUUUAUUACAGUCGACAAGACACUCGGAUUGCGAACGCGUCAGCAAGUGUAUGGAUAAAGUAGUUGAAUUCAGCUGUCCCAGGAAUGAAGUAAUCUGGAUCAAAGAUGCAUAUUCUUGCAAGAAGUGUGAAGGCACGAAGUGCGUCGGAAGCCGGCAUGAAAGCUCCGAUGUGAAUUUACUCUGGGACCUAUGUAAUCUACGUGACGUCUGUGACCUCAAGGUGACGUGGUAUCGUUUAGAUUUGGAUUACGAAUGUGUGCCGCUUCAACAAAUUCCCAUGUACAACAUCUGUACCAAUGCAGAGAUCAAGAAGAAUGCCUUUUACCUCUUUAGCCCUGGAUACCCCAAGGAUCUGUCCAACAAUAGACACUGCGAAUGCUCCACAGAGUUGAAGAAACCAACUAACUUUAGCGUGACAAUUCAUCACGGACGAUUUCAGUCUCCAGAACUGGAAAUAAAGUUGGAUAAUUUCGUCAGGGGUCCAUUAGGCGUCACCAAUCUGCCCAUUCCUAAAGAAGAAUUCAAAGUGGUUUACACAAACAAUAAAGAUAAUACAGACCACCGGCUUUGGAUGAAGAUAUUGGUGAACGAGGACAUCACAUUAACAUGUAGGGAUGUGAAAGCAAUGCAAGUCGGCGGUGGAAGUACGACCAAUGCUGGUGCUAGAGGUUUAACCAUAGCCAUGAUUUUUGUGGGCUGUAUCGUCGGUACUUUGUGUAUCCUCAUCCCAGCUGCUCUCAUAUACAGGAGGAAGAGACGGCAGGUAAUCAAAGCUGCAGAAGUUGGGGUCGGCAGUCAUGGUAGCAGUAAAGGUGACCAUGUCCGCGACAAGAUGAUGCUGAACCUGUACGGGCCCGAGCACCAGGGACCUAAGCAAAACGGCGGAGUGAAAGUCGCGCAGACGGAGUUAGGUGUGAUGAAGGUAAAUGAUCUGUACGGCUCCGGCGAGGAUGUUCCCGGUAACAGAGAGAGCCACGCCUACCAGGUCGCAGGGUUUCACCUGAAGGAUAAAGACGUUUGUGGGCGAUAUAAGAGAGGCAGUAAUGUGUACGCGUACGCAGACUUGAAAGGCGACGCCGGGAAUUCGCACAUGAAAGAAAAUGACUUGUAUCAACCUACUGAGUUUACAGGUAACAAUGGUGGGGGACAGCCAAACGUUUCCACCGGUGAAACAUCUCAUAUGAAGGAAAAUGACUUGUACCAGUCAGCGGAUGUCGGCAGUGGUGUUUUGCAUAACGAUGACGACCUCUUCCAUAUGAAAGAAAAUGACUUAUACCAACCGACCGAUUUCAACGGGGAUGGCUACAUGAAAGACAAUGAUCUAUACACUCCGGCCGAUGUCACUGGUUACAACCGAAGGCCGAGGUCCCUACCAAGACCAAGAACAUUACCAAAGCCCAAGGCACUACCGAAGCCCAUGAGGAAAUCGGAACAUGGGGACAGCGAUGCUCCAACAACUCUGCCGAAACCAACACGAGUAUCUGAGGAAAUCUAUCAAGAUAUCGGGCAAUAGAUUCCUCUAGGCUUGCUUUUACAGUCACGACAAUAGGAUUUUCUGAAGCAUGAUUUUAUAGAAAAAAAAUUCUGAUGACGUGAGAGGUCAGUUGUUUCUGUCGAACAGUAACGAACAGUAAGAAACAGCUAGACUAAAAUUGAUGCUUACCCAAGAGUGUUUCGUUUUGGUGAUGCCGAGAGUUCUCAAUGGACAUAGGGACAUAGGAUGGCAUGCGAACUGAGUAAAAUCACGAUUGAGUCCGUGGUACUGGUAAGAUUAACUGGGCUCUCUCUGGUAGGGCGGUAUCAAAAUUAUAGUAAAGUGCCUCUCAGGACUUGUUCAGAAGUUACAGUACAAGGUACUUAAGAAGCUGAAGUGUAAAUUGAUAUCUUAUAAAAUUUUGUACAAGUGUAUACAUUCAGAGUCGGUGUAAAGUGUGUGUAGGACUACAGAAAAAAAUAGCGUAUUUUUCUUUGUGUUCCUAGUUGGUAUCCUAGUGACGAUUAGCGUAAUUCGAAUGCCAGUAAGAUGUGGCCACAGUGGUAAUCGAAGCACAGAAUUUUGUAAUAACUAUAUUUCAAGAAAUUUGUGAUGUAUAAAUAUUAUAGUACUUAUAUUACAAUAAUUGCUGUGGCACAUCAGAAAUGAGUCUGCAAAUAUAGAACUCGUGUAUGUGUAUAUCCAAGGAAACCGUGAUUUGCACGACGAUUCCAUAACCUAUUAUCUACUCAAGUCAAUAAUCUAAACCACAAACUUUCGUGUCUGAAACAUACACUGCGUGUUACUCAGAGUUAGAUUACCUGCAUGCAUGCUCCGGAUCGUACUCUUUGCCUUCAAGAAGACUUCAUUUCUUCAAUAUGAUUACAAUGGCGAUUUG